UAGCAUGAAAUAGCGAUUUCAAAACGCCACGGGAAAUACUGUCUUGUGCGAUACGAUCUCCACAACAAGUCUAAGAGCACUUCGACGUCGUUUUGCGAAACCCCCGUAAUCGCCGCCGCCAGGCGCCGCUAGAAUCCGUCGACCCAGUUAAUUGUUUUGGCAGGAUUCGAUAGCCCUAUUGGAUGCUGUGGAGGACCUUUUCUUGGAAUGUUAACAUGGGAUCUUCGGAUUAACCCUGCAUGACAUCAGUGCUGCAGUUUUGAAAACAUCUUCUUCUAUGGAAUCUACACCCAAUAAUUCUGAAAAUGAUGCAAACUCGAAAUUCUCUGCUUCUGGCAUCUCCACUUGGGCAAAGAAUCUGAAAAUUCCCCAGCCAUUUGUGGGAUCACAGGAAGUAUCACCAUCUGAAAACUCUGGGAAAUCAACUUUUUCACGCCUCACUAGUGGGUUUGGAUUACGUUCGUCUCCCAAAUCUCCUCGAGGGGAAGAAAGCUCUGGUGAACCCUCCCCAACUACGCAAUCAGGUUUCAUUGGGACCAUCACAAAAGGGUUAGUUGACUCAUCUAAGAAUGCAGUAAAGGCAGUGCAGGUCAAAGCGCGUCAUGUUGUCUCUCAAAAUAAGCGAAGAUAUCAGGAAGGAGGAUUCGAUUUGGAUAUGACCUACAUCACAGAGAAUAUUAUUGCCAUGGGUUUCCCUGCUGGUGAUAUGAGCUCUGGUUUCUUUGGCUAUGUUGAGGGGUUCUAUCGGAACCAUAUGGAGGAAGUUAUUAAGUUCUUUGAGACAUAUCACAAGGGAAAGUACAAAGUGUAUAAUCUCUGUUCAGAAAGAUUAUAUGAUGCAUCUUUGUUUGAGGGAAAGGUGGCUUGUUUUCCCUUUGAUGAUCAUAAUUGCCCACCUAUUCAGCUAAUAGUUUCGUUCUGCAUGAGUGCCUAUUCAUGGCUCAAGGAAGAUAUUGAAAAUGUUGUGGUCGUGCAUUGUAAAGCUGGAAUGGCAAGAACAGGAUUGAUGAUUUCUAGUCUUCUUUUGUAUCUGAAGUUUUUCCCCACUGCUGAGGAAUCAAUUGAUUAUUACAAUCAGAAAAGGUGUAUUGAUGGGAAAGGGCUUGUUCUACCUAGUCAGAUAAGAUAUGUCAAGUAUUUUGAGCGCAUUUUGACAUACUUCAAUGGAGAAAACCCACCAGGUCGAAGGUGCAUGCUUAGAGGAUUUCGGCUGCAUAGAUGCCCCUACUGGAUCAGGCCUUCCAUUACUGUAUCUGAUCAUAAUGGUGUACUGUUCUCAACAAAAAUGCACCCAAGAACCAAGGAUUUAUCUCCUGAAGAUUUUUGGUUCAGCGCACCGAAGAAAGGGAUUAUGGUCUUUGCUCUUCCCGGGGAACCUGGACUGACGGAGCUUACUGGUGAUUUCAAAGUCCAUUUCCAUGAUCGUCAAGGCGACUUCUAUUGCUGGUUGAAUACAACAAUGAUCGAAAACCGCAAAGUCCUAAACACAAGUGAUAUUGAUGGGUUCGACAAGAGAAAAUUACCAUCCCCAGGCUUCCAAGUCGAAGUUGUGCUUGCAGACCACAAUGCUAAUACUGCUGCAGCACACCCUGCAGCUGAGGCAACUGCUACUGAAUCAGGCAACAGUUCUACCACAAGCACAACCUCUGCGCCCAAUCCCAGUUCGAUUCCAGAAAGUGCAGCUACAAAUACUCCUGCAAAGACCUCGAGUGACAACAAGGAUGACGAAUUCUCCGACAAUGAAACUGGGGAAACUGCAUCCACCAAGUCUACACAAACUGGUGUCCCCACCCAACACCCUGGUGCAGCAACAAACCCCACAUCACACAACACAAAUCAAAUUGAAAAUCUGGCGCAUAAAACCGAGCAAGUGUCUCUGGGAACUGCACCUUCCCAGCCGAAAGAGCCAAAGAAGGAAGGAGGUGCCGGAGGAAUGUCCGACUCAGCAGGGGAGGUGAGUGAAUUCAAGGCUGUGGCUGCUGAUGCGUCAAUCUUCUCAUUCGGGGAAGACGAUGAGGAGUAUGAGAGUGAUUGACCGGCCCUCAGCCUGAGGUAAAAUUACCAUACCUGUAUAUAUAUAUAUGUAAUAAUAGUUAUAAAUCUGCUGGAGGUGCGGCUGGAUUGGAUUUGGAUUUGAAUUUGGAUUGCAUUGAUUUCAUGAAAAGCUGUUGUGUUUUAUUUGGAUUGCUGAAGUAUUAUCAGUGUUUGUGGUUUAUGUUAUGGAAUAUGUGAUGCUGUAAAUUUGUACUUGAGCAGUGUUGGUGUCCUUAAUUUAUUCAUUCAUUUAUGGCUGUUA